AUGAACGCAACACCCAUGUUAAAAUCAAAGAUGAUGCUAAUUCUCAUACUUCUCACAGUCCUGUUCACUAACAUUAUUGCUCAGAACCUCUUUGAAUAAAGACAAUUGGCAUAGCCAGAAGAAGGCAGACAAUUAUAACGAAACAGUAUAGAAAAGGGAGAUGAUAAUGAUGAGGAGGAAUAAGAUAAUUCAUAACCAACAACAUAAUUACCAAUUGAUGGUAAAGAUUGA